AUGAGUACACUUGCUCAAAGAUUUAGCACAUUAGUGCGCAUGUAUGAAAAAACUGCGAAUCGACAAUUAGGAGAGCUGAGAGUUUUACAGAGAAUAGCGUUACAAGGAGGACUCAGGGAUACACCUGCGCUUAGAGAUUCGAUAGCAGCAUAUGAAAAAGAUUUGGAAGAUGGAUUACGUGGUAUUCUCACAGUUCGUGGAGAGUUGCAUGAUUCACGACAAGAAAAUGAAUUUGAUUCUAUAAUUGACCCUAUCAGACAGCAAAUUAAAACCUUGUUAAAUGUGACAAGAUCCCUACCCGCUGUCAAUUUACCCGGAUCAAAUCCUUUUGAACAAGCAACAGAAGACGAUAAUCCAUAUGAAAUGGAAUCACGAAGAUACCUCCGAGAAACAACGUUGAAAGACAAUGAACUACGACAAUUGGCAGAUGAUAUGAAGGAACGGGCUGAAGCGACAGUGAAAAUUGAAAAGGAUAUGGCUGAUUUAGAGAAAAUAUUUCAAGAACUUGGAAGAAUUGUUCACGAACAACAUGAUGUUGUAGAUUCAAUUGAGGAGCAGGUUGAAAGAGCAACUGAAGAUGUUAAACGAGGAAAUGAGAAUUUGAAAAAAGCUGUGAAAUCGAAAGCGGCGAAGGCUCCACUUUAUGCCGGAGUUGUGGGUGGACUUGCAGUCGGAGGGCCUGUUGGAUUGGCAGCUGGAUCAGCUAUUGCUGGAAUUGCAGCUGGUGUCGGAGGUUUAGUCGCUACAAUCUACACCGGGAAAUUUUUCAAACGAUCGGCCACGAGUGAUUGAGAGUUCUUUAUUCUAUCUGUAUAAUGUACAUUAUUAUUUUCAUCAUUUUGUUUCCAUUUACUGUAUUAUAUUAUUGAUAGAGAUUUCCUAGACCAUUGAUUCGGGGUUAUUUGCAUGAAAUUCCAUCGUUUUCGGGAUCAUUUUUCUGCUAUGUCAAAAUGUAAAUUAAAUGAACAGCUUUUUUAG